CGAGCCCCCUGUAGUUUCUCAUAUUACUCCCAGCGCUUGAUCCGAGCCAGAGAAACAACAUAAACAUGUCUGAAGGCGACUGGAAGAACCGUUAACGAGCGACACUCUUAGGCCACCUGAAGUGACCUCGACACGUCGUCGUUCCAUUUUGACCCACUUUUGCUUUUAUGCUUCCCGUCGCGUUGACGGCUCGCAACCCGGGAAGAUGCCGCAGAAAGCGCUGGGAUCCAUUGUAGGGCUCCUGUGUGCCGGGUUAUAUCUGGUGCAGGGCAAGGAGUAUUGUUUUGGGGUGAACAAUGAGCAAUACCAAUGCGAGAUGGGAUACUGCUGCGGUGAGACGGAAUGCUGCACUCACUACUAUGAGCUGUGGUUGUUUUGGCUAGUUUGGACCCUGAUCAUCAUGCUGAGCUGCUGCUGCGCCUAUCGACACCGUAGAGUUAAAAUGCGGCUGCAGCAGGAGCAACGGCAACGUGAAAUCAGUCUCAUGGCCUACCAGGGGGCCUCCAGCUCCUUCUUUUCCCCUCCACCCCUCAACCUAAGAUUCUGGAACGAUUGCAAGCUUCCAGACUAUGAGGAGGUGGUGGGUCACCCUCCGACGCCGCCGCCACCUUACUCUGAAAACCCGCCUGAAGCUGCUCCAGAUCCCCCUCCUCAAGCAAGCCAGCCAGAACUCGCCGCGGCGCCACAACCCUCGCAAGAUGAGCAGCCCGGGUCAGCCGCCGAUGCCUUAUGCUCAAACCAGGAAGCCGCGUCAGUGCCGUUUUUGCCUCAGGAGAACGCGGCGGAUGCGUCGCUCAAGGAAGAGGAGGAGGAGGAGGAGGAAGAUGAGCUUGUCACCCGGCGCCGGCACGUGACCGGCGACUCAGGGAUAGAGGUGUGCGUUUGCCGGGUGGACGUGGACGAAGGCUCGGGGCUGGAGGAGGAGAACGAGGAGGAGCAGCGCAUGUGCAGGGUGAGCGGCGGCGAGUGCUGCUCCCAGCACCAGCAGCAGCCUUUCAGACAAAAGGCCUCCGACAUGUCCGACGGCCCAGCCACCACCAGCACGGCGGACAGCCUGGUGUGAUCCCCGUGACGCCGACCAGCCAGCCCGGUGCGACACUUCUUCUUCCCACGCGGCGAUACAACAUAGCGGUCGCCAUCGUCACCACGGGGGAACGUCUGUGUUUUAUUCUGCGAGCUAACAACACGGACACGACGCUUGGACGACGCCGAUCACAAAUCCUCACGCGAGAUGAAUAACACAAUGUCAGGAUGUUUGUUUGUUGGCUUCGCUCUCCGUUUCGUUUUAGCAGCUCUUAAUGAAGAAGACGAGGACGCUAAGCACCGCCAUCUUGUUUUUGUUUCUGAAAUCAUUUCCGCCCACCCACCCGUCUUGACACAAAACCGUCCGGUGGAAUGUUCCUUAUCAUCAUCAUCAGGACACCAGCAGGGUCAACAUUUCCAUUCUGUCCCUACUCGACUUGGGUCAUAAAGAAAACCCCCGUAACUAAACAGAACCAAAUGUAGGGCACGGCUAUACGGUCGCCACAGCAACAAGCUUCAGGCGUGUGAUUUUAUUAUUUUAACGUGUGGCGUAGACACGUUUUUUUCAUAUUGAUGUCUCUACGGUUCCCACAGGUCAGGUUUCAUGUGAUCACGACAAGGCUUGGCAAUGUGGCAGCCAUGAAGGAUGUUGAUUUUGUAUGUUUUUCUAAAAGAAGUCCUCGUAUUGUGUAACAACGGGGUUGCUAGUGAGCAGAUGUGAGAAAGUAAAGGCACGGACUAUUAACAUAGUUUGCAUGAUUAGCGUUUGACAAGUUUCCAUAACAACGGCUACACAAUUCUGUGUUCAAAUUGUCCUUAGCUGGUUGUGCGAUGUUCUGCUUCAGACUACAAGCGUCUGUAGCCUGAGCUCUUGGCACUGGGAAGGACUUGCAAGGUAUUUUCCACCAGCACCAGUGCAGAAAGGGGCAGUUUGAAGCAAAUGUCUGCAGAUGCAGAAUCUAUUGUUGUCAUUAUUGCCGUGCUUUUCACAGCAUUGCGUGUCUCGAGUGGGUGUUGUCACAUACAGAGGGGGGAAAAAAAACAUAAAACAAGAUUGUUACCAGAUUCGUCUUGCUAUUGUGCAAGAUGAGCAAUUUCCCAAGAACGUAAAGGGAUUAAAGCAUCAUAUUAUCUUUAAAAAUGGGCUAAUUUUCCUGCAAAACCUGAAGCAACGCAUUCCAGUUAAAACACAACAGCACUAAAAACCUAAGGCUGGAUUUACACUGCAGUUUUAAAUGCGCAGUUGCAAUUUAGUCCUUUGUAUGCUAAAAGUCACACUGAUCCGACUACCGGUACAUUUGGUCAUAUUUCCAAACACUGCCAUGCCCACAUUGUGUCACUUGGAAGUAAAAAAAAAACUUGGUAUUGUGUCACUUGGAGCAUGUAGUCUUGUGAACCAUUUUCGGACUGUAGCUAGUUCUUUCUAUACUUAUAAAAUAAAAUUAUUAAUAAUAUUACACUAAUUUGCUUUGUCACCUACAACAGAACAGCUCAGCAUACAAACCCUGUUUCCAUAUGAGUUGGGAAAUUGUGUUAGAUGUAAAUACAAACGGAAUACAAUGAUUUGCAAAUCCUUUUCAACCCAUAUUCAGUUGAAUGCACUAUAAAGACAACAUAUUUGAUGUUCAAACUCAUGAACAUUUUUUUUUUUUGCAAAUAAUUAACUUAGAAUUUUAUGACUGCAACACGUGCCAAAGUAGUUGGGAAAGGGCAUGUUCACCACUGUGUUACAUGGCCUUUCCUUUUAAAAACACUCAGUAAACGUUUGGGAACUGAGGAGACACAUUUUUUAAGCAUCUCAGGUGGAAUUCUUUCCCAUUCUUGCUUGAUGUACAGCUUAAGUUGUUCAGCAGUCGGGGGGUCUCCUUUGUGGUAUUUUAGGCUUCAUAAUGCACCACACAUUUUCAAUGAGAGACAGGUCUAGACUACAGGCAGGCCAGUCUAGUACGCGCACUCUUUUACUAUGAAGCCAUGUUGAUGUAACACGUGGCUUGGCAUUGUCUUGCUGAAAUAAGCAGGGGCGUCCAUGGUAACGUUGCUUGGAUGGCAACAUAUGUUGCUCCAAAACCUGUAUGUACCUUUCAGCAUUAAUGGUGCCUUCACAGAUGUGUAAGUUACCCAUGUCUUGGGCACUAAUACACCCCCAUACCAUCACACAAGCUGGCUUUUACACUUUGCACCUAUAACAAUCCGGAUGGUUCUAUUUCUCUUUGGUCCGGAGGACACAACGUCCACAGUUUCCAAAAACAAUUUGAAAUGUGGACUCGUCAGACCACAGAACACUUUUCCACUUUGUAACAGUCCAUCUUAGAUGAGCUCAGGUCCAGCGAAGCCGACAGCGUUUCUGGGUGUUGUUGAUAAACGGUUUUCGCCUCGCGUAGGAGAGUUUUAACUUGCACUUACAGAUGUAGCGACCAACUGUAGUUACUGACAGUGGGUUUCUGAAGUGUUCCUGAGCCUAUGUAGUGAUAUCCUUUACACACUGAUGUCGCUUGUUGAUGCAGUACAGCCUGAGGGAUCGAAGGUUGCGGGCUUAGCUGCUUACGUGCAGUGAUUUCUCCAGAUUCUCUGAACCCUUUGAUGAUAUUACAGACCGUAGAUGGUGAAAUCCCUAAAUUCCUUGCAAUAGCUGGUUGAGAAAGGUUUUUCUUAAACUGUUCAACAAUUUGCUCACGCAUUUGUUGACAAAGUGGUGACCCUCGCCCCAUCCUUGUUUGUGAGUGACUGAGCAUUUCAUGGAAUCUACUUUUAUACCCAAUCAUGGCACCCACCGGUUCCCAAUUUGCCUGUGGGAUGUUCCAAAUAAGUGUUUGAUGAGCAUUCCUCAACUUUAUCAGUAUUUAUUGCCACCUUUCCCAACUUCUUUGUCAAGUGUUGCUGGCAUCAAAUUCUAAAGUUAAUGAUUAUUUGCACACAAAAAAAUGUUUAUCAGUUUGAACAUCAAAUAUGUUGUCUUUGUAGCAUAUUCAACUAAAUAUGGGUUGAAAAUUAUUUGCAAAUCAUUGUAUUCCGUUUAUAUUUACAUCUAAUACAAUUUCCCAACUCAUAUGGAAACAGGGUUUGUACAUUGAUCACAUACAAUAUAUAUCCUUCAAUUUGGUGGAAAAAGAGACACUGCUGAUGUAGUGUAAAUCCAGCCAAAGACACUAAAGCUUGAAAUGAAAACACAAACUUUCACAUAAACCAAAAUGUCUUAUUUCCUACUAAUUACAGUCCAUUGCUUUUUUUUUUUUAAUCCCACCAUGGUCUCUGAUGCAAUUUUUAAAUUUAGCCGAGUGUUCAGUAAAUGCUUACAUUUCCACAAGUCGGCUAUUUUUAAUUUGGCUAUUCAAAUGAGCUGUGGGUUUAUUUUCAGCGGUGAUUAACACAAUCCUGACAAGGCCGCUGGCCACCUAACAAGGUUUAAUGCCGGGUUCUGCUUGUGGACGCUUGAAGGUUCAGUAACCCAUAAAAGGGAAACUGAGACCUUCACUGGCGGCAGUUGUUUGGUUUUGAGUGGAUAAUAAUAUGCAAACAGUACAUACAGUUUAGUUUCAAUGUUGGAAGAUGACACAGAGAGCCUGAUCAAAGACGUGCAAAGGGGCUUGUGGGUUUAUACUAACGCAACUGUGACCUUUUGAAUAGAGCCGUGACACUCUGUGAGCAUGACCACAUACAGUAGACACACCCAAAUAAAAAGAAGACAUGCUGAACAACAAGAACAAACCUAUGCCUUGUUGCAUCUCUACAGAUGUCUUAAGUGAUGAAAAACAAGUCUGUGUGUUUCUGCCUUAUUAGGAGUCGCUAUAGUUACAAAUGGCUUGGGCCGGUCCUUGGAGCUUUAGCAGUAGUCAGCAAUUCAUCACCUCCUAUGUAUAGUGAGGAUUUAAAUACAUUCACUUUUGAAGCAUGCUCGUACAUUUUGAAAAUUCUAGUGCAUGCGAUCCUUCCUGUCACAUAAAUGAACUAUCAAGAAGAGAUUAUUUCAAGUAGCAUUGCCACACUGAAAAGAAAAUGAGAAAGCGUAUUAUUGAAUUAUUUGAGGAAUAACAUUUGCAAUGUUCCUAAAUAGUGAUGUUUUAAGAAAAAAAAGUAAUGCGACAAAAAAUAUUUAGCAGGUGAAAAAAAAGUAGUAGUAGGAAUAAAGUAGUAUUUUGUAGAAAAAAGUCGUAAUGUUAUGAAAACAUGUUUUUUCAGAAAAAGUCGAAUAAAGAUGUUGCAAAAAUGAUUUUUCUUAAUCAUGUUUUAAGAAUUAAGUCGUAUUUUUGUGACAACAAAUAAAUCGUAAGUUUACGACCAAAAAAUUGUGUUACGAGUAAAAAAAUAAUAAUACUUUUUUUUUUUAGGACAAGCUCCUAAGGCAGUGGUUCUUAACCUUGUUGGAGGUACCGAACCCCACCAGUUUCAUAUGCGCAUUCACCGAACCCUUUAGUGAAAAAUAAAAAUGUUUAAAAAGUUAUGUUUUUUAGUGGUGCACAAAAUGAACCGUGCAUGAACAUCACCUUGUUCAAAGAACAAAACCAACACAGUACAUGAACUCAAUACAAAUUACACACCUGAAAAUUAGAGGGAAUAUUGUUUGGGGGGUAUCCAUAUUACGCCGAUAGGGAGAAGUUUUUAUUUACACGAUGAGUCGGGUGUGUCUUGACCUCCGCCGAACCCAGGUUAAGAACCACUGUCCUAAGGGCACUUCUCUUAAUGUGUCCAUGUUCAUGCUUGUAAUUAAUUUUUUUUGUUAAACUCCGACUUUAUUACCAUAAAAUUCCUUUUCUGGUAAAAUUAGCUUUUUUUCCUCCUUAAACUUCUGCGAUUACCGUUUUAUCAUGGCAUUUUGUCCUUGCAAAAUGACACAUCUACUUAAGAUUACAUACACAUUUCCCAGUAACAUUGAAUCUUGAAUGAUUACAAUUUUUUACACAAUUCCGUUAGAUUGCAGUAUUUUUUUGUGUAAAACUGCAACUUUAUUUUCUUUUUGGUGUGGCACUAAUACUCCUUUGAGGGAAAAGUGGGAAACUCUAAAAGAAUGAGUGUGCUUGACUUAAAGCAGGAGGCCCCGUAGUGUCCUAAUGGCCUUCCAUGGCUUUCAUGGUUACUGAGACUUAAGGGCUAUAUCAGUCAUGAUCGUCCAUACCGCUUUAACCCGCUUUCUUUAAGGUGUUUUCUUGUAUUGUACAUAAGCUGAUUGUAUAUGACGGUGUAUGUUUGUUUUAACAGGCUUGCCUUUUUUGUUUGCAGAAUUGACUAACCCAUCAAGCCAAAGCAUUAGUUCCAUCCUUGUGUGUGAAUGGUAGUUUUGCAUCUAUAGCGUAUUGUACUUUACUCAACCAGGCUAUGCAAAAAAACUAAAAGUACUGUUCUAUGCUGCGAACCGACCCCGCCCGCCCCUACUUUGUCAUGUGGGCACCAGUACUAGCAAUAUGACUCUCAGUACUGUACUGUAAUCUCUGUGUGGUCUGUUUGUUAAUAAACAUGUAAUGCUCAGCAACAAUGUAUGUACACAGAGGGGCUCGAAGCUGAAACAAAGCCAUUUUUGUUUGUAUAUACACGUCACCCCCCCAAGUAACAUCUUGUCUGCCUUUUCAACCACUUAACACAUUUUAUUAAGAAAUAAGUAUAUUAUACUCAUGGAUAGAUUCAUCCUUGUGUGCGUUUUAUCACAGUUCCAUCCAUUUUGGUUGCAUUUAUGUGUACAUUUUCACAGACUGAAUAUUAAUGGCUGCCUUUCAUACAACCGUCACUGUAUCAUUUUGUCUCAAAAGGGGAGAUACAGUGGGUUGGAUUUUUUUAAUGUUUCCAAAUAACCCAAGAUUGUGUUGUUUUUCUAAUUAGUCCAUGUACGCCUAAAUGACUAAAGUGGGGGAAAAAAGCACUGACUGAUAGAUAAUAUUGCUCUUUUUGGGUUUAAUACGUCUGCUGUGUAAUGUUUGGGUCAUUUGUAUUUUAUUUUUUUUAAUAAAAUAAAACCUUGGCACUCAACUAAUA